AUUUUGGUUGGUAUGGACAAGUUGGGCGGAAGGGCCUGUCUCCAUGCUGUAUUAGUCUUUGAAGAGGGUCUUGCAGUGCGGAAACAAACCAUUUGGCCCGACUCGCCCGUACAGACCAAGAUAAUAACAGCAUUCAAGGUGAAAUUAACUGGGUGAACGUCAGAGCGGCGCUGGGUUGUAAAUGAUGCGGGUGCCAGUAGAUGCAAUCCGGGACAUAAUCGGAGUGGUGUUGAGUGUCCCAGCAACUCCAAACGCCCAGUCCUCUCUCUCUCUCCCAGAAUUGCUGAUCGCGGGCGGCUUUGACAAACAGCUGAUCGGGGCGAGCCAAAUGCCACCGGCAGGUCUAAAUUUAAAAAUACCCAUCUGAGCUGUCCUCCGCACAAGUCGGUGCUCAUCUCACUAGCAACAACAUUAUCACCCGGAGCGAAAUCAGGCUGGCAAAUUUACCCUCGAGCAUCUUCUUCUAAAACAAUCAGCAAGAAUUUGAGUGUUUCCGCCCUCAAGGUGUGUGUGUGUUAACUAACUGGAUAGAAGCUCUUCCAUCCACUAUUUACAGUCUACCUCUCCUGAAGCUGGUGAAGUGCAGACAUGGGGCUUACGACUGCCUUACCCAAGGUGGAACUGUACCUUUACAGUCUAGUGUUGACCAUGGCAGUUCUGUGGUCAGCUAGCUGGAUCUAUGAAGCAUCGACAGAAAACAUGAGCAAGCAGACCUUUAAGCAAAGUGUCAAGCGUGGCUGGUCGUAUAUUGGUCGUAAGAUGGACGUGGCUGACUUUGAGUGGGUGAUGUGGUUCACCAAGUUCCGAAACUACAUUCUCUUCGCCUUGUCGGGCCAUGUACUGUUUGCUAAAGCCAUUUCCAUGUCCUUCCCUCAGCACAGAUCCCUAUACUUCAUGGUCUAUGGGAUUCUUGCAGUCCUGGCUACAAUGGGUUUCUCCUACUUUGCAUUAAUCCUGUCCCACUGCAUUCUGCUCUACGGCAUUGGCUUGGCUAAGCAGAAGUGGCUGUGUUUCGCUGCUGGUCUGUGCAGUUUAGCAACAUUUAAAAUUGAGCCUGUGGCUUCUUGGCAGACAGGGUUUGUAACGGGCACCUUCCAGCUCCAAGACGUCCUGUUCUACGGAGGAACUGGUUUCACCAUCAUGCGGUGCAUGAGCUUCGCCUUGGAAAAUGCCGAGAAGAAAGAUGGGAACUACUCGAUCCUGGACCUGCUCAUCUACAACUUCUACCUCCCCUUCUUCUUCUUUGGCCCUGUGAUGACCUUCGAUCAGUUCCACGCUCAGGUAAAUCAAUCCAAGUUUGCUCGGAAAGAGAAUGAGGUGUGGAACAUUGGGAAAUAUGCCUUACUGCACCUUGCUGUGAUCAUCCUUGUGGAUAUCUUCUUCCAUUACCUCUACAUCCUGACCAUACCGUCUGACCUCAAGCUGGCCACAAUGCUGUCUGACUGGGCAUUAGCCUGCCUGGCUUACUUCAACCUGGUGUACGACUGGAUAAAGGCGGCCGUGCUGUUUGGGGUGGUUGGGACUGUGGCCAGAUUGGACUACCUCGAUCCACCAAAACCACCAAAAUGCAUCACCAUGCUCUACGUUUUUGCUGAGACGCACUUCGACAGAGGAAUUAAUGACUGGCUGUGCAAGUACGUCUACGACUACCUGGGCGAAGACCACACCAACAUCCUGAAGGAGCUGCUGGCAACGGUUUGCACCUUCCUGGUCACCACGCUGUGGCUGGGGCCGAUGAACGUGGUGUACAUCUGGUCUGUGUGCAACUGCUUUGGCCUCAACUUCGAGCUGUGGGUGCAGAAGUUCUUUGAGCUCGAACCUCUUGCAUCGGUUGAGACAAAGCAGAUGUCCAUGGCAAUGUCGAGAAGAAUCAGAGCGAUCUUUGGUGCUGCAAAUUUCUGGGCCAUCAUCUUGUACAACAUCCUCUCGUUGAACAGUGUUGACUUUGCCUUGUUGGUUGCUCGAAGGCUGUUCCUGGUUGGGUUCCCCCUGACCCCGAUCAGCAUCCUCUUCGUGACCUAUUGUGGCGUCCAACUGAUCAAAGAAAACGAACGCAAGCUGGCUCUGGAAGCUGAAAAAGAGAAAACGGAAUAGAAGAAACUGGCUGAGUGAGAGUGAGAGAGAGAGAGAGAGAGAGAGAGAGAGAGAGAAAGAGGGGAAGGAAGCCACAAAAAACCUUCCCACACAACAGCUACCUAAUUGUCCUUUCAUAAGUAUUGCACAGGAAGUUUCUAGUUAUCUAACUGAGCCGUUACCAAGAUAAUUGUUGCCACACGGGUGGGUGAUGUCCACACGUCUGUUCCAUGGGGCACGGCAUCACCUUGGAUCAUCUUCCACUCCUCGCACAUCCUGGACACUUCCUGCUGGGUAGAGGGAAGGACAUCCAACUCAGGGAAAUGGCUGACCUAUCCCUCUCCCUCUUCCCCUCCUCACCCUCUCCCCCACCCUCCCUCUUUCCCUCUCCUUCAUUUCCUCUCUCUCUUUCCCUAUCCCUUCGCCUCUUUUCCUAUCCCUCUCUCCAUCCCCCUUUCUCCUUCCCCUUCUUUCUUCCUUUCCCCCUCCCCUGCCUCUCUCCACCUUCUUCUCCCUUCCCAAUCCCUGCCUUCACUUUCCCAUCUCCCUUAUCCUCCCUCUUCCUCUCACCUUCU